CCUCGGAAAUCCCUAAACAGUUUGUGCUUUAAACACGGGACACGAAGACAUCGCCUCAGCCCUCGAUAUCGUCUCCUGCACGCUGACCGGGGAACAAGAACAAAAAGAACCAAUCACUUUUUUUUUUGAGGACUUUGCAACAGCAACAACAACAAAAAAAAAGGAAACCUGCAAUAAGAGCAAAAAUGAUUUUCGACAAGUUGAAAAAGUUCGCCAUCGUCUUCGACUCCUCGGAGGUGGACUGUCCUCCUGUGUUCAGCAGCGGGGACGUGGUGUCCGGACGGGUGGUGCUGGAGCUGGCCAGGGAGAGUCAGGUGGACUCCCUGAAGCUCCACGCGGAGGGGUUCGCGAAGGUGCACUGGACCGAGUCCCGGUCCGCCGGCUCCAGCACCGCGUACACCCAAAAUUACAGCGACGAAGUGGAGUACCUGAACCGCAGAGAGGUGCUGCUGCAGGCAGAUAAUGGUGAAGUGACGGUCCUCCCUGCUGGCAGACAUGAGUUUCCGUUCAGCUUCCAGCUGCCAGAAGAGACUCUGGUCACCUCCUUCGAGGGGAAGCAUGGCAGCAUCCGUUACUGGGUCAAAGUUAAGCUGCACAGGCCGUGGGCCACCGUCAAGAAAAUCAAGAAGGAGUUUACAGUCAUCGAACCCAUCGACAUCAACACACCAGCCUUACUGGCGCCGCAGGCCGGUACGAAGGAUAAGAUGGCGCGGGCGUGGUACCGCAACUUCGGACAGGUUUCUGUAACCGCAAAGAUUGACCGCAAAGGCUACACACCAGGUGAGGUGAUACCCGUCUUUGCAGAGUUUGACAACUCUACCUCCAGAACGAUUGUGCCCAAAGCCUACAUCACUCAGACACAGACGUUCAUCGCCCGCGGCACCAUGAAGCAGAAGCGCUCGGUGGUGGCCACGCUGUCCGGUGACACCGUGGGCGCCAAAUGUCGCGAGACCUGGCACGGCCGCGCCAUCAAGAUCCCACCCGUGGGUCCGUCCAUACUGCAGUGCCGCAUUAUCAAAGUGGAGUACAUGCUCAAGGUUUGUGUCGAUGUUCCUGGGACGUCCAAGAUGUGCCUGGAGCUGCCGCUGGUCAUAGGCACCAUUCCCCUCCAUCCCUUCGGGAGCCGCACCUCCAGCGUCAGCAGCCAGUACAGCGUCAACCUGGAGUGGCUGCGCAUGGCCAUCCCUGAGCAGCCUGAGCCUCCUCCAGAUUACAGCUCCGUGGUGACGGAGGAGGAGGCCGAGCAGCGCAACAACGCAGUGGUCCAACAGCCGGCCGAGGACCUGAGUGGGAUCCUGGAGCGACCCCUCAUGGCUUUUGUCCAAGAGUUUCGCUUCAGACCUCCGCCGGUGUACAGCGAGAUUGACCCCAACCCUCAGCCCAUCAACAUGAGACCUCGCUGCAUGACGUGUUGAACCAUGAGCCCUGCCUGAGCGUUGAGCAGAUUAGUUAUCGAAACAAAUGAGAUUUGUCUUCUCCUGGAUUGCUUCUCUCUGGUAAAUGGUCCCAACCAGUGUGGAUAUGGAGUGGAAUGCCACACGGAGAGAGCGAGAAGGGUCCGGAGACGGGAGUCCUCAGGAACCGGACGUUGCUGGAGGAGCUGCCUUAUCCAGUAAAGUGCCUGAUCUUGUCGAGAGGAAAAGCAACUUCUCUGCAUCAGUUCCCGUCCUCCCCAAGUGAUUUUUUAGCUCGCUGUGAGCGAGCCGCAAAUACCUCCCAAUCAAAGAUCCCCUCCUGUGAAGAUUUUGUUGGAGUUUUGGGCGUGUUGUGGGGGGGUUUAAGGUGGUGUAAAAUCACUUGAUAUUCAUCAGGUGCAGAGAUGAAGUUGUACAUGGUGUUCAAAUGUUUGACAAAAAGCAUUCUUGUUCAGUCGACAUGUUUGGAAACAAGUCGUCUUUUGAGAGAGAAGUGCAGUUAUUGUUGAUGUGCCAACAACUUCUCUAUGCCUGGUAACCGAGUUAACAACUUGCAGUUUAUUGCUAUGCAUUGUGUGACUCGACAACAGUGUGCCUGUGAUUUAUCCCUACUGUUACUUAAGCACAUACCGCAUCCGUAGGUGUGAUGGUGAAGCAGACAAGUCGGAUAAGGAGAUGUAUUUUUAUGCAUGCAGGUAGUAAUAUGUAAAAGGGAAAAUGUGUAUGCCUUAAUUAUCUGCAGUUGAAGAUUGCAUGAGAGUUUCAGGGAGUCGUUCUCUCAGAGAGCUGGAUAGAGCUGAAUGUACUCUGGAAAACCAAGAACAAAAAAAAAAUAAUGGUGGGAUAGUACGUGGACGAAUUCCAAAAGCAGUGUUGUGUUAAUGCAAGGCUCAUGGCGCUGAAGCGUGAAGAUAAAAUACGACGCCUCGCCUGUAAAACGUCUCAUUUCUCAGCUCGACGCAGCUGCUGAACAAAAGGAAGACGACUGAGAGACCUCAGAGGAGAGAGUGGAGCGAAACGUUUUAACGGGUGCCCCCGUCGGUGCUGUCGUGGGCCGAGCCUUGACGUCGGAGAUGACGCUGAUAUGUACAUUCCAAAAACUGACUCGAGGAUUUGUUUUCUCCUCAACUUCCAAAAAGAAAAAAGAAAAAGAAAAAAAAAAAACAGACUGUCAAGAGAAGUCUUCAGGGUCAGCUAGAGCAACUUCAGUGGCGCGCACUGAAAACAAAGAAUGUAUUUUUAUACAAAUGUACUGUUGAUUCAGGAUCUUGCCAAAGUUUUGUAAUUGUUUUUUGGUUUUCUAAUAAAAAAAAAAAUAAAUAAA